AUGAGACUCUUGUUGAACAGUGCGCUCGCAGUCCACACCCAAUCACUAAGUACUGUACUCCACAAUAUGAGUGGCAUUGAUGGUAAGCAAGACACUGAUGGCAUUGAUGGCAAGCAAACGCGUCAUUCCAAUGACUAUAGCAUUAGUUAUGGCCACGACUUCAACGAGUGCUCGACCCGAGCGGUGGCCAAAAGCAUAGCACUGUUUUGUAUGGCAUUCUCUGGCACUUACUUACUCCAGAAGUCACGUGCCGUCGCCCGAAGACAUGUGUUUGUGUUGCCGACAGUCGUGGCAACCGUUGUGGGCGUCGAAGCCCUGAGAGUUUGUGUCAGUACUUGUCGGCAAAAGUUUGACAAAUAAUGCAAUCGUUGUAUAGAUUGUAAUCAUCUGUCAAUACAAUAAUAAACACAUUUU